AAAGAGUGAGGGACUUUGGGGAGGUAGAGCAGAAGAACAUUUCCAAAUCUUGUGACCAGCUGCCACCAACUGCACCGCACUUCCUCCAUCAGCACUCUCCUCCUCUGGAGCUGCUCAGACUCUCUCUCUUUCUCUCUCUUCUCUCCAACACACACUCUCCUUCCCAUCUCCGAGAGCCUCCUGCUCCUGUGACUCUAGCUCUGGUCCGUCACCUGCACCUCCUCGUGUCACAGCAUGCAGCUCCUGGUGGUGUUAGCAGCUCUCAUGGGGGUCGUGUUCAGCGUUAAAGCAGCCGCCGUGCUUCCUGUGGAGGAUAGGGGCUCCAUCCACGUGAACAGGGAGCUGAGCAAAGAGCGUAAGGAGCUGAUCCUGAAGCUGGUGUCGGGCUUGUUGGACGGAGCUCUGGACACCAACGCGCUGCCGGAGGAAGCGGGACCUGUGGAUCUGGAGGAGCCGCUGGAGUCUCGUCUGGAGGAGAGGGCGGUCUACAACAGGCUAUCGCUGCCUCAGCGCGACCGCAAAGCCCCCUGUAAAAACUUCUUCUGGAAAACUUUCACCUCCUGCUAACAGUGCCCCCCCCACCCACCCACCCGGCUCUGCUGUCCUCCUUCCCUGCCAGCGAUUCCACAUGAACUGUAGUAGACCUCAGCUGUACAUAUCAUCACCCACACCUGUCAGACACGCGGCGGCAUCGAUGGACUUCACUGACACAGUGUGUCUGUUUGAAUAUUAAUUAUGUAUGUAUCUAUUUAUGUAUACAAUAUAUGUAUUUAUGUACUGUAUGUAUGUAGACGUUUCUUUCAAGGGUCAACAAUAAAGCAUGAAUAUAACAUUUGA